UUCACAAAGAGCAAGAUUGAUGGCAAGUUUAUGAAAGCCUGUACCAAUACCAGAGGUUGGUGUGAAUAGUACACGGCGUACUCUCUCAUUUCAGAAUUUUUCAUGUAGUUUACUGUCAUCAUUGUUGCUGAAACGUUGCGGCAGUAAACUAGGUCUGUAGGCUGUACAUAGAAUAGAGCCACAGCUCUACAACAUCCGGGCAUUCCUCAGCCUGCGCAGAAACGGAAUGGCGGAGCUGGUUCGAUGGGCUCUGGAGAUCACAGACGCAGCCUAGUGGAGAUCCUGAGGCAGGGCUAUGAGGGGCCAGAGGAGGAGUCCAGGGCCCUAGUGGAGCUUCAGAAGAGCUUGGGGGCCUCACACUCACAGGGCCGCCCAAUGAAGAUGGCAGCACGUCCCCAAAAUGGCUGUGAGAUGCCCCUGGAGGACCUGCUGUCUCUGUAUGGGUAUGAGGUGUCUGAUCCCCUCCUGCAGCAGGACAGGGAGCCCAACGAGCUAGCAGCCAGUCUACCUGACAUGACACUGGACAAGGACCAGAUAGCUAAAGAUCUGUUCUCAGGAGAGGAUGAGGAGGAGUCAUCAGCUGAUGACCUCACUCCCUCUGUCACCGCCCAUGCCUCCGACCUCCUCCUCCGCCGCCACCUAAGAGCCCAUUCCCUGGCAGACGGAGACAAAGGCACCUUAGUCAGCUCCUCAGAAGAUGACUCGGACGAGGAUGACGACGACACCUCCAUUCCCUCCAAUGAUGAACGCAAGGACAUCAUGGUGGGCUCAAUGUACCAAGCCAAAAUCCCUCCUCUCAGCCCAUACUCAUACCAGGAGAGAGUCUAUGAGAAUGAGGACCAGCUCCUGUGGACCCCAGAUAUGUUGCCAGGCCAGGCGGUAAAGGAGUUCCUGCUAAGUGCCCAGAGACGGGGAGGCCAGGAUGGGGCUGUAGACACCCUCAUCAACGGGGACAUAAUCAAAGACAAUGAACAAGCCCUGUAUGAGCUGGUGAAAUGCAGCUUUAAUGCAGAGGAGGCACUGAGACGACUGCGCUUUAAUGUGAAAGUAUUCAGCGAGGAGCUGUGUGCCUGGAGCGAGGAGGAAUGUCGAAACUUUGAACAUGGCUAUCGAGUUCAUGGGAAGAACUUCCACCUCAUUCAGGCCAAUAAGGUACGCACAAGGUCGGUGGGUGAGUGUGUGGAGUAUUACUACAUGUGGAAGAAGUCGGACCGCCACGAGUACUUCACCCAGCAGACCACUAAGCUGGGCCGCAAGAAGUACAGUCUGCAGUCAGGGAGCAUGGAGGAUGGAGAGGAGGAUGGAGAGGUUGGGGAGAUGGAGGGGUGCUCCCAGAUUCAGCCCCCCUCACAUCCACCAGUCAUAGACCUGGACAAGCAAGGAGGAGGGCCGUCCCCGUCGCAGACGAACGCCCCGCUUUCUCUUAAAGCCCUGAUCUCACUGCACACAGGCCACUCUAACCAGGCAGGGCCACCAGAUGCUGAGUUGGGGAUGGAGGUGUUGGAGCUGUGUGGCGCUCCUUGCCCUAGCCCACCGAGGGAGCAGCUGUUCAGCCACUUCUCUCCACUCCCCCCUCUGGAGGACCUGCAGCAGGAGCCCUCUCUGAACUGUUGCAGCCCGGGCCACUGUACCACCUUGCCUCCUGCCCAGCUCCACCCCUCCUCACGGCCCUGCUGCAGCCCCCCGUCCCCCCCAGUGGAGCCUCCUCUCCUGGGUUCUGGCUUCUACCAGCUGCAGCUGGGGCCUUUCCUUCCAGACGGCCUGUCCACGGGGCCAGAGGAUGGGGCCUCCCAGGGGCUGCAGGUAGACUUCUCCCUGCCCUCCGUCCCCCAGCCCUCACCCGCCAUUGCCCCCUCAGUCUCCAUCACUUCAGACUUUGGGGCCAUCAGCAGUUACCUGUGUCCCUCAGCCCUGUGCCCCCCUCCCAUCCAGCACCCCCGCUCUCUCACACAGUAAGGGGAGGAAGAAGGGUGUCUUUACCCUGGAGAACAUUCCAAUAAAAUAUGGGUUGUCUGUACUUCUAAUUAUUGCCUGUUGAAGUAAACUUGGACCAGAGCUUACCCAUGUGAUGGUGUGAAACUCCCCAGGAGAGAAACUGUGUUUUUACGGGGAGAUGGGCCUACCUGUAUCAUAGUGUUUACUAGGGGGGACUCCCACUGCUCACAAGCACAAUGGCUUACCUACCUGUCUGUUCUGGAAGGCCAGUCGUUCUACAGGGAUGUUCCCAGUUCUUAGAGAAUUCUUAGGUAAUGUUGGUACUGGAAAAGCGGCUGGGCUUGUUGAUAGUUCUAAGGCCAAAGCAAUUAGCCUGAUGUUCUUUGCAGUGACCACCUCCUCUUCCAGAGCAGAACUAGCGACAGAUUUAAGCCCUGUUUACUGGGAACAAUGAGAAGCAGACAGACAGCAUGACCUGGAUGCCGUAUUAUAGCAGUAUGUCCACAAGAGAUGUUCUCCCUCUAUCGGUUCUGAUAAGGCUGUUUCUAUGAGCAGUGUUCAGUCUGCACUUGUACGACUCUUCACCACUCUGACUGUGGAUCUCUUAGGUAGGAUCAGCCUCCCUGGUUCACUGUGGUUCCACCUCUCUUGAACAUCCACAACUGAAACUGAAGGUUUUGUAUACAGUCUGUUCAAAAGGAAAGAUCUGUAUAAAAAUACCAUGAAACAAUGCUUUUGAGAUUGUCACAAUGUUUUAUUUUCUUGUUACUUGUUGUUCAGAAAUGUCUUGGAAGGUUUGCAAUAAGAAACCAGAGUUUUUGA